AAUCACCGCCGCCUCUCCAGCGGUGCCGCGGCGGGUAAGGGGAGCGGCGGUGCCUGGGCAGAGAGGAGGCAGAGCGCGGGGGGCGAGCCGGGGAGCGCCGCGCUCUCCCUCCCAAACUUUGAUGAUGACCAUGACUACGAUGGCUGACGGGCUGGACGCGCAAGACUCCUCCAAAUCCGCCUUUAUGGAGUUCGGGCAGCAGCAGCCGCCGCCGCCGCAGCCGCCGCCGCCGCCCCACUCGCAGCAGAGCUCGCCGGCCAUGGCCGGCGCCCACUACCCGCUGCACUGCCUGCACUCCGCCGCCGGCUCGCACCCGCACCACCAGCACCACCACCACAGCUCGCCCUACUCCGGCACCGCCGGCUCCUACAACCACCGCUCGCUGGCCGCCUACCCCUACGUGAGCCACUCGCAGCACAGCCCUUACCUCCAGUCCUACCACAACAGCAGCGCGGCCAGCCAGACGCGGGCUGACGACGCAGAUCAGCAAAAAACCACAGUGAUUGAAAACGGUGAAAUCAGAUUCAAUGGAAAAGGGAAAAAGAUUCGGAAGCCUCGAACCAUAUACUCUAGUCUACAACUCCAGGCUUUAAACCAUCGCUUUCAGCAGACUCAGUACCUGGCACUUCCAGAGAGAGCUGAACUGGCAGCUUCAUUAGGACUUACCCAGACACAGGUGAAGAUCUGGUUCCAGAACAAACGCUCCAAAUUCAAGAAGCUGCUGAAGCAGGGCAGCAACCCCCACGAGAGCGACCCUCUGCCCGGCUCCGCCGCCCUCUCCCCUCGCUCUCCGGCUCUGCCUCCAGUCUGGGACGUUUCAGCUUCUGCCAAGGGAGUCAAUAUGCCUCCCAACAGCUACAUGCCUGGCUAUUCUCACUGGUAUUCUUCUCCACAUCAAGACACAAUGCAGAGACCACAAAUGAUGUGAAUUGUCCAAGAGAAAUAAUCUCCCAAGGACGCCUCGUCUCGACAUGGCAAGAAGUUCCCCUGCUUCGUCACGCCGUGCCAGCCAGCAGGCUCUGUGUGAACUUGUAGAUGCGGCAAAGAGACAGAGUGGCUUUAUUUUUUUUUUUUUUUUUUUUUUUUUUAAGUAACCUCAGCGAUUGAUCUUGAACAGAAAGACACAAUUUUCAUUCUGGCGCACAGAAGACACUUCUCUUUAGGAUAUUUUCCUUUGGACUCCAAGGCACCAGCCUCUUUCUCUGUGGAGUAUACGGCAAAACAAACUUUUUACAGACUUUGCCCACAAGAAGAACCUGAAUCUACCAUGGCAGCCGUUUUUACUUGUUUAAUGUCCUAAAGACAUUCCAUGAUGAAAGAGAGACUAAUCAAAGCUCCUUCAUUUUUAUUCGCCGAAU